CCUCUUUGAAGGACCUGGAAAGAGUUCUCUCUGAACAUCCCAGAGGCUCAGAGUGGUACACUCCUUUGCUCAAGGCACCUUCUCGGCUGUGUAGUCCAGGGAUGGCAGGAGGGGACAAUGGAUUCAGUAGCAGGGCAAGCUCAGAGUACCUGAGCGAAGAGGAGUCACCUGACUAUGGGCUCAUCUUCAAGCACUUCAGAGAAAAUAAGGUGGAAAUCGCGAGCGCCAUCACAAAUCCCUUUCCUUUCCUUAUGAGCCUCCGAGACCGUGGCUACAUCUCUGAGCAGAAGUUCCGGACUUGUCAACAAAGUUGUGAAAACCUGAUCCCACCGGAAAGAGUAGUGUAUGACAUCCUCAGUGACCUACAGAAUGAGUUCAGCCUAUCGCUUCUCAAAGUGAUAUUCAGUGCGACGCAUCUGAAAGCCUACCCAGACUUAAAGGAGACUCUAAGAAACUUCCCAGAUGGGUCCAACAAUCACAGGACUCCUCAGAGGAUAAAUGGAAGAGAUGCUGAUGAGAGGCCCAGACUGCCAGCAGUUGUUACAGAAGCAUCCUGUAGUCCUGGAAAUUCCCAAAUGAAUGAUGAACAGGCAGAGGAUGUACCUAGCCUCCCACAAUGCAACAGAGAGGGAAGUAGUUCUUGUGAACAAAUGUUUGAUAGACAAGAGCCCCACGAUGACACACUCUCUUCACCACCGAGACCUGACGCAGGAGCAGAGCAAUCCACAAGUGAAAAUGAGAUGUGUUUCUGUGUCAUGUGUUCCCCAGCAUUUGUGCCAGAGGACCCGGAAGCAAGGAUGAGAAGCAGGCAAACAGAUACUGUGGAGACUGGGAACAACACUACCGUAAGAAAAUCCAGGGGGAAGAGAAGAAAGAAGAAAGGUCACAACUGGUCAAGAAUAAAACGGAGAAGGCCACAAGCUGUACUGCCAAAUAAUGUCAGCAGAGUUGGUCGCCAGGCGGCUGUCAGGAGAAAGAAAACAGAAAAGAAUCCAGGCCGUUCCGCCAAGACCAGGGUUCCAAGAAGGUGCAGAAAUGAAAAUGCAGAUUUCAGUGCUGAGCUGCUUCCUGUGACAUGUGGUGACGUGAAGGGAACAUUACACAAGGACAGAUUCAAGCAAGGGAUCUCCAUGAAGUCCAUACAGAGUGAAGCUGGGGACUGGUACACACCUACUGAGUUUGAAAUUUUGGGAGGCCUUGGACGAUCAAAGAACUGGAAGUUGAGUGUACGCUGCUACAAUUGGCCCCUGAAAUUCUUGAUCCAGAGAAACUUUCUCCCCAAUUCUCCACGAAUUUACGGCAGGAGAAAAAAGAACUCAGAUGAAUGUGAAGUGUGCCGGGAUGGAGGAAUGCUCUUCUGCUGUGACACUUGCUCCAGAGCCUUCCAUGAAGAGUGUCACAUCCCCACGGUGGAGGCUGAGAUGACACCAUGGAGUUGCAUCUUCUGCAGGAUGCAGUCCUUAGGAAGCCAACAAACUCAUCCGGAAUCUGAGGUACUGCAGAGGUGGAUGGCACCCCAGGAACAGUUGAAGUGUGAGUUUGUCCUCUUGAAAGUCUAUUGCUGUUCCGAGAGUUCCUUUUUUUCCAAGAUGCCUUAUUAUUAUUAUUUCAAAGAGACGUCCGAGGUUGUGCAGAAAGCUAUGUGGUUGGACAUCAUCAAGAAAAAGCUGAGGGAGAGAGGUUACUCCCACGUGGAAGAGUUUGCGCAAGACAUGAGGCUCAUCUUCCACAAUCACAGGACCACGUUCAAGGACCUCAACUUUGGUGAAAUGGGACUUAGACUGGAGUCUGAGUUUGAGAAGAAUUUCAAGGAAGUGUUUGCUAUUCAGGACACAAAUGAAAACAGUUGACUGAUGUCACAGAUGCUGCUGCUGUCCUUUUCUGGCCAGGUAUUCCCAUCUGCAGCAGUGAGCAUUCUUUACUGAUGCCAUCAUCUCCAGGGGAUUCUCUGGGAUCACAUGCAGACAGCUGCAACUGGGAGUCACACCUCCAGGUCUUGUGGUCCAUCCCCCUGCCUCCAACUGGAAUAAAGGGUGUGCUAGAUUGCUGCUCUCUGCUCCUCAAAUCCAACUGGGUUAGCUCUCUCCCUGUGCAUAAGUUGCUUACCUUGUCCCUACUCCUGAGAGUAGUUUACAAUAAACCACAAGCUUCCAAGUCUUCAACUUAUGUGGUGAUACACUCCUGUAGCCCUAGCCCUUGGAAUGCUGAGGCAUGAGGAUAGCUGUAAGUGUAAUGCCAGCCUGGGAUACAUAGUGCAUUUCAGCUACUCUGGAUUAUAAAGAUACUUAUUCAAGAGCAAACAACUCACCAAAUAAGACAAAAAAAAAAAGGCCUCAACUAUGAAUCUUUUUCUAGGAGUCUCAUCCUAAGAUGAUUGGUCUUAGAAGCAAAGCCUCAGGGUGGGAUUCUAGAGUUGGGUCACUGUCCAACCAAAAGGUGAUUGUGACAUGUCAAUAGGCCCUUGUGUGUUAAGCCAGAUCAAAAAACAAAUAUUAUUAGCCUGUAGAAAGGUGCUAAUGACUUUGUGAGCUAUAGGCAAAGUGGUAUAUUUGCUAGUGGAUGGAGAAAAAGUAACUCUAAGGAUGAUGGGAUUUGGUGGCUGUUAGUACUUUUUACUAAUAGAUUGACAGGAACCAAGCAUUGGUGAUGCAUGCCUUUAAUCUCAGCUCUCAGAAGGUAGAGGUAGGCAGAUCUCUGUCAGUUUGAGGUGUUUCAGGAUAGCCACGGUGGUUACACAGAGAAACUGUGUCUUGAGAAACAAACAAAAAAAGAAGAAGGAAAAGGAAAAAAUAGAAAUUUGACAUGCUUAGACACAGAAUUAAGUAUUAAGGAAAGAGACACCCAGUCCUGCAGCCGUAUUUUCAGAUAGCAAUAAAGGCAUGUCCCAGGCCCUUACAUUCAGAAAGACAGAACUCCAAGCAAAGACUGGAUUCUAAGUUCAUAAAGUCCCUUGUGCCAAAGUCAGGGUCUUGAACCUCAGGAUGAGGUAGUGAAAUAGUUAUUUGGGAGAACUGUGAACUUGUUUCCUCUGAACCUACUUUGUCAAUGAAAGAAUUGCUUUGCUCUUUCUCGGAAGAAAGUUACCUCUGUCCCCUGUCUCGCUUGAAUGAAGACUACGUGUGGCCUUAAGGAUGAUCCAAGUAGACAAGCCCUGGUGUGAGAGAGAAGCCACACACCAAAGAAAUAGCAAGAUUCGCAGACAGGAGGAGCAAGGAGGUUGUGUUUGCAGGUGGACACUGGUUAAAAAAGCUGAAAUACUAAACUGGCUAACAGUAUUAGCAAUAUUGAUGUGUUCUUUUUUUUCUUUUAAAUUUUUUAUUCAUUAUACACACCAACCCCAGUUCUCCCUUUAUCCCCUCCUUCUGCUCCGCCUACCUCCCCUCAACCCAUCCCCCAUCCACUCAACCUGGCACAUUAAGUUGAAGCAGGACUGUUUGGAUGGAAGCCCACCCCAGCCCCUGGCAUCCAUAUAUCUAAAGAGUCUGGCUUGUUUGGAUGAGAGACACACCCUAUGCCCUGGUAUCCAGUUAUUCAAAGAGUCUGGAAUGUUCAAGUGGGGGCUUCAGCCUAAGCCCCCUCUCCUGGAGCUGCCUCAGUCCAUGAAGGCAUAAGUCACGAACAAUGCCACACCAGUUUGGAAUUAUGAUUAAAAGGGUGGUAUUUAUUUAAAGAGGAAAAAACUUACAGAUCACAGUCCUGGCGGAGCAGGAAGUGAAGAGCGAGAGCAGAGGAAGUAGCCGCUUUUUUAAAGGGAGAGAGACCACGCCCCAAUGGGCUGGUAUCACAGCAGCUAUUGGUUGGAGGGGCGGAAGGACCUCCCGCAACAAGUCCAGACUCUGUCUUCCCACCCCAACCCAAGAAAGCCUGCCAAACGGUGACUCCUCCCCAGAGAUACUCAAGACAUGGUCACAGGGUAUUUAAACUGUCUCCCAGAGAACAAAUACAGGGUUUUCCAGUCUUCCUUUCCUGUCUCCUCUCUGGAGGGUUGAAAAGCCAUCAGGAGCAUUUGUAUCUAUUAAACCUAGGCUUUGUCUAA